AUGUACCGUUUUUGGCUUAUCCUUCACAUGCUGUGGAUUACAGUGGCUGUGAAUGGUGAGUGAGAAACAUACUGCGUUCAUUACUGCUUCCGCUGCUAGCUUGCAAACAGGAGCGUUAUGCGUUAAGUAACCACUUUACGGUUGUACAGUAGGGAAUAUAACUUGUACAUGGGGCUUUAGCCUCUGAAGUGAUGAUUCUACAAUCUAAUAAUAUCAAACGUCUCUUCAAAAAAAAUUAAUUAACGUCAAACCAUUCUCGCAAUCAGGGCAGAAGUUUAUUCUACACGUUUUCUUAUCUUCAUACAACCGGCGGUGUUUUUUUCCUCACCAAACCAAUUACACGUAUUUAACUGGAGCAAUUUGGCCGUUGGAUUGGAUAAACAGCUUUGUUCAUAACACCAUACCCAGGACAAGAAAAGAACAGUUUAUCCCUAGUAAUAAUAGUGUGAAGCAUCAGGUUUCUCAGCCACAAGCCAACCGUUCUUAGCGUAAUCACGAAGGAAUUUGCGAAUGUCACUUCAAAUUCUACAGCUUUCAUUUUUCACUUGUUGUUUUUAGAUUUCAACAAAAACUUUCCAUUAUCCCGAUUUAGUGAGUGUUACAAACCCUUCAGUAAUGUUUAUCUUUCCGUUUCAAUCUUUCCAAUUGUCUUUAGUUCUUGCUUUCAAAGUAAACAUCUGUUGUUUCGUCUGUUAGUUUAAUCAUUAGCCGAUCGUUAGGAAAAAGCAAAUAUAAUAUUUCUUUCAGAGCACGUUUGGCGAUCUGAUUGUUUGGUUUAUGCCCACAUGGUUUACGUUGCUUGCAUUUUGACAUUCGCUGGGGUGUAUUGCUUUACAAUUUCAAGUAUGAAGGCAGAGGAAAUAUUUGCCCCUUUCACCCUUUACACCCUAACAUUAAUAUGCUCAUUCUCAAUACUAUUAUCUAAACAUUUGUUAGGGAAACGAAAGAGAGAAUUUGUGUGAUGAUUAAGAGCUUUUUAAAUCGGCGAUCAUUCUCCUCUUUCUCAUAUCCUUAAUGAUCAAUUUAGGGUUACUACUGUGAGGAGAAAUUUGAUUCUAGUCACUCUUAGGAAUAAAAUGGUUGAUCUCACAUCUUAAGAAAAAUGUAGGUCAACUUGUUCUAGAAACCUAAAUCUUAUUAGGAAAAAAAAACUGUGAAAAGCAUCCGUCAACAAUUUUUUGAGUAGUUAUACGCUGGUUUGAUUUAAAAAUAACUUUUGAAUAAGUUUCGCAUAUCAGCAAUGACGUUAGCUGAAUUUUGGUAUAAAGGGUACGGAAAACAUCAGCGUAGCAGUUCUAAAGGUCCUAACAGUCUUAAUUAAGGUGUGUUCGAUUGGGAUAGGUUGGGGGAUUAAGGAAGAUCUUGUCACGCAACACCAUCUCUUAAAGCGUUGCGUGACAAUACUAAGCGAGUGUACUACUUUGUGUAGUUUGACUGUGUUUGUUCCUGGGGGCGAAGAAUCCCUAUAAAACCCCAAUCCAAGGGAGAUUGACGUUAUCUGAAAGUAAUUUAGCCGAAGGGCUGCCGAGCGCAAAAGUUCUUUAUCAUUUUCUGGUAAAUUCAGGAAACUCGCAGCGGGUCGACUUUGUAUUGUAACUGAGUGACGAGUAACAGGCUGGUUUCACGUGCGCACGAAAAUUCUCUGACACUCGCUGAGGCGGCCAGAUUAGCGUCUUAAGAUCUCGACGAUUAUCUUGUUUGACCAGGAACGCUGAGAAUUUGUUGGUAGUUUUGAAAAUCGCAGCGAAGGAGAUGAGAUGAGAUGUCAUUAAUCAGAAACGGGGUCAAGUUCUAACUCUCAAGAUCUUAUUAGUAAUUCUCCGUACUGUCUUCCGUUCAGUUCUUGUGAUGUUAGUUUGGAGAGUUUGGUAUUGGAUCAACUUAUAACACCCAACUGAUAUUUUUCUAUAUUCUCAUCUCUUGUCUGCUUGAUAGUGUAUUGAUAUUGUAAGAAGAAAUUCUUUUUUGGUCGCUCAUGGAAGAUAGAGGGUUAAAGUCUACGAGUGAAAAUUAAUGGUGUUAAUUUAAUUUACAUAUUUGGAGAGAUGGGGUGUAAAUAGACAUCUGGUUAAGAUAUUGCUUUUAAAUAUUUUCUCGUUUAACUCUAACAUCAGUAUGCAUAUCAUCCAUACCGCUCUCAAUACGUAUUCUGAAGUACUGACAAGAAGAAUUUGUUUAACAAUAAAAAGGUUUGUUGUUUGCGUGCCUUAUUUUGCGGUUUUGGCACGUCAUAUUUUGGAUAUCGAUAGCUAAAGUAAAUAUGUCGAGAAAUUCAUAAACCAUCACGAGAAAUAAUGAAAAACUUGUUCUGUAACAGGACGAAUCAGCAGCAUUUAUCCGUUUAAAAAAAUAACCGAACAAUAGAUUAAUCUCGUAAAAUACCUCUGUGUUUCUAAUUCGCAACUUACUCAUAACCAGUCCUCUUUCGGUAGAGGAUAAUCUUCAUGAAAGUCACGCAUGGAAGUCUGUCGGCGACAAUUUGCCUAUCAAAGCCUAAACUCAUGUUUUCAAGCGAGAUCUGAUUGCAAUUACGGCCAGCAUAAUCUAGAAAAAAAGAGGUUGCAACAAAUCCUUGCGAGAAACUGUUUUGUAUAUAUUAAUUCCAAAACUAUGCUUUAUAACUCAUUUUGGCCUAAGUGAUCAUCUCAAAAUCUCAAAGCAGUAAAAAAAAAUGCAAUUUCAAUUUGUACGACGUGCUUCGUUAGAGAGUGACGAUCGCGUUAAAAUUUUUGUAAUGCUGUGAAAAAACAGUUUCACCUUUUUAAUGAAGCAAAGUGCGAGUGUGUUGCCUUCUUAUUAUUAUCUCUUUGACGGGCAUUGUGACGCAUUUUGCGGGCUAAAAUAGAGAUUUUGGCUGUCAGCCCGUUCGCACUCUCCCUUGAUUGUUGAGACUGUUUCGUUGUUAUUUUUUUUCUCUCAAUGCCCUCCAAAGUGACAGUUUUAGGGCACGACUCAGAGUCGUUUAAACCCUUGCCUAUUGACUCGGGACCAAAACUAUGCCCGAGAAAGUAAUUUAUGUUGUUUUAUUACAUAGUCUGCAUCGUUAGCCGUGUUUUAGGUAACAUUUGGAUUCCGAAAUUUUGAAAGCUUGUACUCCUAUAGUUGAAAUGACUCAUGGAGGAUAAACCAGGUCAUGUUGUGCUGGUGAGAGGUAUCAACUGAUGAAACAUAUUUAUUUCGCCUAAUACGCUUAACUGAAACGCAAUAUGUAGCUUAAAAAAAUGUUUAACACUCUCUCGUGUUCGGCCUUAGCAGGUCAUAAUUAGUUUGUCUUAAAGUGACCUUACUGAGAAUUCAGCGUCAGUCGAGAGCUUGAGUCUUGCACUGCGUGAGCUGUCAAGGAAUUUUGAAGAAUCAGAGAUAUGAGCAAAAGACAACUGAACUAUAAUUUACCUGACGCUACCAUUUGGUCGCGAUCGACCGAUCGGUCGGUAAAUGUGUGUAUAAAAGUUAAUUAUCCCUUUAGACUCUAAGAGUGACAAGCAUCUAAUUUCGUAUCACCUAUGAAUCGCAUGGAUGUAAAAGAAAAUGAUCACCAGGUGAAGGAGCUCUUGAUUGUCAGACAAAUUCUCAUCGUAAGCACCUUAGGAAACGUAUAGAGAACAGUGUCUAGGAUGGAGAGUGUGCAGAGUAAUGUUAGGGAUCAACCCUUCAACCCCCAAGAGUGACCGGCGCCUAAUUUCUCCCUACCAUAUUACGGUUGAAUCAAACAUGAAGGUCAGGAGAAUAAAGGAGCUGAUCACCAACUAAAGAAGCCCUUGAUUGUUAGACAAAUUCUUCAUGUCGGCAUUGUAGAAAAUGCUAAUAGAACAGUUUGGAGAAUAUGCAUACUGAUUUUAGGGUGUAAGGAGUUAAAGUGUGAAGCGAUUGUAGCUGAGCAAGCGCAGUUGAUGCGAACAAUAAGCGACAUCAAAAUAAUCAAGCAUAUACGAAGUACCAAGUAAAUCUACAUUUUAGAGGGUUUUAUGGCAUUUUCCAUAUAAAACUUGAUGAUCUUUUUUUGUUGGGAAAUUUCAGCUUUUGACCUCUCGCCACCUGGUAACUUUGUGGGUUACGUGACUGGCGAUAGAGGAGUAAAGUUGGCUUGGGAGGUGACAUCUCCAUCAAAUGACACUGUUUUUGAAUUAAGAUGGAGGGCGAAGUCCGACGAGUCCUUCAUGGUUGUCUCUGGUACCACAAACAAUGUUACCGUACGUGGUCUUAGAGUAUACACACAGUAUUCCUUUCGUAUACGGAAAGGUUUGGUGAAUGGCACUUGGGGAGGAUUCACAAAAUAUACUCACGUCUGGACACCGGAAGGAGGUACUGUGUGCAUUUUAGAAGUCGCAGCACACUAGCGUGUGUAAUCAUUCUUUGGAUGUCACGCCAGUGUGUGACGGCAUAUGAAGAACUAAGUCAUGUUACUGUCACGCUCUAAAACUUGCAACUUACAUUAAGUUGUUUUAAGUCUCCCCUUUUGUUUGGGGUGAAGGUAUGGGGGGGGCGGUGAGGGUAUGGGGGGUGGUGAGGGUAUGGGGGCGGUGAGGGUAUGGGGGGCGGGGAGGGUAUGGGGGGCGGUGAGGGGGUAGGAGGAGAAAUGCUGGUGUUUGGACCAAAUGUAGUCUGUGCCCUCAGAGUCGCGCAAUAGUGACACUAAUUAUUGCAAAGUGCUAUUUUUGGGGGUGGAUUUGCAAGAUGUUCCCUUUUCUCAACUGGUAUGUUUCUGGAUGAGUAAAUUUUCAAUUCAAAUGGAGGCAAAGCGCGGAACGAAAAUUUUUUCAGUAGCCAAUUUCAAGAACGGAUAAUGACUUCUCACAGCGACGUUAUGAACAAAAAUGUAGUUCUUCUCUUCUUUCGCCAAAGCAUAACGCUCUCCUAACUCGAAUCAAAUUUUGUAGGGAUGUUAUUUGUCCCAAAACGUCGCUGCGACAAGUGACUGUAACAAACUGCCUGGUGUGAAAUGCCGCUAUUGAAUAAGUCUCUUGAUCUCAUUUUCUCGGUACUAGUAUUGCACCAUAACUAACCAGUUUCAAAUUUUACGAUUUAAUCCAGUAACAAAAAUCUAUCUCAUGGAUAAAGAUUUUCGCCAACAUUUCUGUCAGCUAAAGGAAUUGAAUGUCACCGCGACUCACCCUCCCUUGGUGAAAAACUAAGUUGCUGUUUAAAUUCAGGAUAUAAAGAUUUGUUAGGAAUUUUAAUGCUUAGAAAACUGCUGAAUUCGUCUGCGUUCUGGCGCCGGUUUGCCUGUUCAGUCGCGUCUAUUUUAAACUUAAUUUACUUAAAAUUUAAGCCACAUAGCAGAGGUGAUUUUUGAAGUAGUCGGGCGUGUUUGGCGGAUAAGAACUCAAGUAAUGCUUAGAGCUGCUUCAGUGUGGGUUAAUUCUUCUUUCUUUUGAACUUUUGUUAAGCGAGGCAACGUAAUUCUGUAAUCCAGUUAAACCACCCACAUUACUCGGUUCUAAACGGAAUAAAAGUGAUUAAGGUAGCCAAUCAGAUCGCAGCGUUUGUUAUAGUGUGCUUUAAGAUUCACACUAAUAAUUAUUAAUUUUUUUUCUUGUGUUUUAAAUUAGUCCCCACAGCUCCUCCUGCAAACGUGACAGCCUACAACACAAGCUCUAUGGGCAUCAUUGUAUUCUGGGAGCAGAUUCCAAGAUACCACCGGAAUGGCUAUAUUCUUGGUUACAAAGUUUGUUACAAACGUGCCGAUACAAACAACAGCGUUUUAUACUGUACAGCUGUAUUUGCUUUAGGACUAGAGCUGGGUGGCUUGCAGCCAUUCACUCCCUAUUGGAUCACAGUGCUGGGGUAUAACAAUCAGGGAGAAGGACCCACCAGUCAACCACUGCAAGUUUGGACUGAUGAGUUUGGUAAGUUACAAUAAAUUUUGUGGCCUGCAGCGCGUAUGCUUUUUUGGCGAGCGAGUGCUGAAGCUGCCGUAUUGGAUUCCAGAGAUUGAGGGAAACCUGGAACAAAGAAACGAUUCCCCUCCCAAGAAGGAUGAGCGCAGGCUCAUCUGACGAACAGCAUCUGGUUAUCAAGUCUUAUAAUGUCCUGAAAAACAUAAAGAGAACAUCCACGGGUAUCUGUCCCUUCUACCCUCCCCUCAAUGUAUCAGCUUCGCAUAACCUCGUCUCUCUUUCAGUUCCUUCAGUCGCACCUAAAAUAACAUCCUUGACGACCAACUCCACUGCAAUCAGGGUAGCCUGGGAACCAAUACCUGAGGAACACGUCAAUGGAGUGCUCAGAGGCUAUUACGUCAUUUACUGGAGGAUGCCUCGUGUGUCCCAAGACAACCAUGUGAUCCAAGUAAACCAAACAACGCUAAGCGUGGUCAUAGUGGGGCUUAAAAGGAACACUUCUUAUGGGGUGCAACUGACGGGGCUGACUCGCGUUAGGGGCUAUAUUAGGAAUGGCGUCCUCAGUCGAACGCAGAAAGUCACCACCAAAUAUGGUAAGGAACGUUUUGUUAUUUCAAAGCACUAAUCUUAUCUGUAAAAUAAAUUUUGUGAUAGCGAAAAUGUUUACAGAGACAGAGGUUUGGACGCCUCUGAAAGACACGGUCACUACAGAUAAAAUGAUGUACAAGUCUUAACCUCGAUGUAAUUGCUGAAAAUAACUCACUUAUCCUUUCCAAAUUAAAAUUUACGUAAAAAUAGGCUAAACAUUGAAAAGAUGAGGAAAGGGGCUGCUCAGGGAAGGCUGCGACGCGUAUUUUGCGUGUGUUAUUCUUAACUGUUUAGAGACUUUUGGUCAGGAUUUCGGUACGCCGCAAUACAUAACCUCAGUAGGUUAGGGUAAAAGGUACUUUUUGAUGUGGUGUACCACCUCAAUUUGGCAUCUUGAGCGAAAGAAUGUCAUCGAUUUGAUGAUAAAUGAUAUGUGUAUCAACAAAUAAAGACAUCAAAGACUUUUUACGGCUAGGAGAAAGAUAUGAUGUGAAAAAUGAAAAAAAAAAAAAAAAAAAGAUAAAAAAGAUAAAAAAAGAAGAUAAAAAUGACAAGUUCCCCGCGCCAGGGAUUGAACCCUGACCACGGACCGCAACAUGGUGCGGUCAGAUGCUCUACCCACUGAGCUGCGGGGAACUUGUCGGUAUGUAAGAUUGAACUUUAAAGUCAAGUUUUAGGUGUCCUGCGCACUGCAAAAAUCAAGCUUAGGAAUAUAUGCGCUUUUUGAUAGGACAAAAGGAAUCUCCUCUGUAAUGGUUUGCAAUGACUCAAUUAGUAAGAGGAAACUCUGCUCACUCAGAUUUUCUAUUUCAAUUGAGGAUUACCUUUCCCCUUUUAUUACAAAGGUAAUUUUGGUUGUGGUGCACCACCUCAAUUUGACAUACGUCUGGAGCAAAAACCAGACACAAAUUUUAUGAUGUCUGAUCUGUGUAUCAACAUAUAGAGACAUCAAAGACUUGUUAUCAGCAAGGAGAAAGAAACGAUAAAAAAAAAUGAAAAAUAAAACAAAAAUGACAACUAAUGCAAAAGAAGAAGAAAAAAUGACAAGCACACUCGUGUAAUCAAUUUGAUGAUAAAUGAUAUGUGUACCAACAGCAACAAAAAAAAAUACUUGUUAUCAGUGAGGAGAAAGAUAUGCUAAGAAAAAUAAAAUACAUAAAGACAAAAAUGACAAGUUUCCCCGCGUCAGGGAUUGAACCCUAACCACGGACCGCAACAUGGUGCGGUCUGAUGCUCUACCCACUGAGCUGCGGGGAACUUGUCUGCGUGUAAGACUAAAUUUUAAAGUCAUGUUUUAGGUGUCCUUCGCACUGCAAAAAUCAAGCCUAGAAACAUAUUCUUUAUUUCAUAGGUUCAAUAGGAAUCUCCUUUGCAAUGGUUUGCAAAUGAUUCAGUUAGUAAUAAAAACUCUGUCCACGAAUUUUUGCUGUUUCUUUUGAGGAUUACCUUUCCUCUUUUAUUAUAAAAGUAAUUUUUGCUCUAGUGCAUCGCCUUAAUUUGAUACGUUGAGCAAAAUAAUGUAAUCGAUUUGAUGAUAAAUGAUAUAUGUAUCAACAACUACUGACAGCUAGGAGAAAGAUAUGAUGUGAAAAAUGAAAAGGAAAAAAAAAAAAAAAGAUAAUAAAAAAGAAGAUAAAAAUGACAAAUUCCCCGCGCCAGGGAUUGAACCCUGACCACGGACCGCAACAUGGUGCGGUCAGAUGCUCUACCCACUGAGCUGCGGGGAACUUGUCUGCUUUGAGAUUGAACUUUAAAGUCAUGUUUUAAGUGUCUUUCGCACUACAAAAAUCAAGCCUAGAAACAUAUUCUUUAUUUCAUAGGUUCAAUAGGAAUCUCCUUUGCAGUGGUUUGCAAAUGAUUCAGUUAGUAAUAAAAACUCUGUCCACGAAUUUUUGCUUUUUUUUUGAGGAUUACCUUUCCUCUUUUAUUUUAAAAGUAAUUUUUGCUCUAGUGCAUCGCCUUAAUUUGACACGUUGAGCAAAAUAAUGUAAUCGAUUUGAUGAUAAAUGAUAUGUGUAUCAACAACUACUGACAUCAAAGACUUGUUACGGCUAGGAGAAGGAUAUGAUGUGAAAAAUGAAAAAAAAAAAAAAAUGACAAAAAUGACAAGUUCCCCGCGCCAGGGAUUGAACCCUGACCACGGACCGCAACAUAGUGCGGUCAGAUGCUCUACCCACUGAGCUGCGGGGAACUUGUCGGUAUGUAUGAUUGAACUUUAAAGUCAUGUUUGGGUGUCCUUUGUACUGCAAAAAUCAAGCCUAGAAACAUAUGUGCUAUUUGAUAGGACGAAAAUAAUCUCCUUUGUAAUGGUUUGCAAAUGAUUCAGUUGGUAAGAGGAAACUCUGUCCACUUAGAUUUUCCAUUUCAAUUGAGGAUGACCUUUCCUAUUUCAGUACAUUGGUAAUUUUUGUUCUGGUGUACCACCUCAAUUUGACAUUUUGAGCAAAAAAAUGUAAUCGAUUUGAUGAUAAAUGAUAUGUGUAUCAAAAAAAAAAAAAAAAAAAGACGUCACAGACGUGUUAUCAGGAAGGAGAAAGAUAUGAUGAGAAAAAUGAAAAAAAGGAAAGUACAAAAAUGACAAGUUUCCCCGCGCCAGGGAUUGAACCCUGACCACGGACCGCAACAUGGUGCGGUCAGAUGCUCUACCCACUGAGCUGCGGGGAACUUGUCGGUAAGUGAAAUUGAACUUUAAAGUCAUGUUUUAGGUGUCCUACGAAGGAAACUUCCUUGCAAUGGUUUGGAAUUGUCUCAAUUAGUGAGAGGAAGCUCUUUCGACUUAAAUUUCCGGCUUCAAUUCAGAAGUACGUGUUUACUUUUAUUUUUACGAAUUUCGUGCACUAAUCCAUAACCUCAAUUUGACAUCGCGACCGAAGAUAAGAAAUGAAUUCGAUCAUAUUUAUACGUGAUAUGUGUAUCAACAAAAAAAGACAUCAAAGACUUGUUAUCAGCAAGGAGAAAGAUAUGAUAAGAAAAAUGAAAAAUAAAACAAAAAUGACAACUUAUGCCAAAAAAAAAAAGACAGAAGAAAAAAAAAACUGGUGUAAUCAAUUUGAUGAUAAAUAAUAUGCGUAUCAAAGAAAAAAGACAUUAAAGGCUUGUUAUUAGUAAGGAGAAAGAUACGGUGAAAAAAAUGUUACAAAAAAAUAAAAGACAAAAUGACAAGUUUCCCCGCGUCAGGGAUUGAACCCUGACCACGGACCGCAACAUGGUGCGGUCAGAUGCUCUACCCACUGAGCUGCGGGGAACUUGUCAGUAUAAUAGUUUGAAUUUUAAAGUCAAGUAUCAAGUGUCCUGCGCACCGCAAAAGUCAAGCCUAGAAACAUAUGUGCUAUUUGGGACGAAAAGAAUCUCCUUUGUAACGGUUUGCAAUUAAUUUGAUUAGUAAGAGGAAACCUUGUCCACUUAGAUUUGCCGUUUCUUUUGAGAAGUACGUGUUUACUUUUAUUUUCUAGGAAAUUUGUGCACUAAUGCAUUACCUCAAUUUGACAUCUUAAGGAAAAGCACCAAAUUAAUUUGAUGACAUUUGAUAUGUAUAUCAACAAAAAUAGACAUCAAAGACAUGUUAUAGGCCAGAAGAAAGAUAUGCUGAGAAAAAUGAGAAAAAAAAAAAGAAACAAAAAUGACAAGAUUUCCCCGCGCCAGGGAUUGAACCCUGACCACGGACCGCAACAUGGUGCGGUCAGAUGCUCUACCCACUGAGCUGCGGGGAACUUGUCAGUAUGUGAGAUUGAACUUUAAGGUCAUGUUUUAGGUGUGCUGCGUACUGCAAAAAUCAAGCCUAGAAACAUAUGUGCUAUUUGAUAGGACGAAAAUAAUCUCCUUUGCAAUGGUUUGGAAUUGAUUCAAUUAGUAAGAGGAAACUCUGUCCACUUAAAUUUGCUGUUUCAAUUCAGAAGUACGUGUUUACUUUUAAGAAUUUUGUGCGCUAAUGCAUCUCCUCAAUUUGACAUCGUGAGCAAAAAGAAUAGAUAAAUUCAAUUAUAUUUGUUAUAUGUAUCAACUAAAAGAGACAUGAAAGAUAUGUUACCAGCAAGGAGAAAAAUAUGAUGAGAAAAAUGAAAAAAAAAGACAAAAAUGACAAGUUCCCCGCGCCAGGGAUUGAACCCUGACCACGGACCGCAACAUGGUGCGGUCAGAUGCUCUACCCACUGAGCUGCGGGGAACUUGUCGAUAUGGGAGACUGAACUUUAAAGUCAUGUUUGAGGUGUCCUACGUACUGCAAAGAUCAAACCUAGAAAAACAUAUCCGCUAUUUCAUAGGACGAAGGAAUCUUCUUUGUGAUGGUUUGGAGUUGACUUAAUCGGUAAAAAUUCUGUCCACUUAGAUUUGCUGUUUCUAUUUGGAAGUACGUGUUUACUUUUGUUUGCAAUAGUAUGACAUUCGUCCUUAAUACAUGACCCCUAAUUAAAAAAAGGAAAAACAUAAUUCAAAGCUUCCUCUUUUGUUACGUUUCAUUUAAAUACAGACUGGUAAUCGGCCAAUUUUUUCCUUUCAGGUUCGAAGGCUCCAAAAAACUUACGCGUUUUCAGUCUUUGUUCCACCUGCUUGACAGUGACCUGGGACCCAGUUUACAUCUCCCCCACAGAUUCUCUAAAAGGGUAUCACGUGACCUAUAGGGGCACAUCAGGAAAGGCUCACACGAAGAAGAUAGGAGCUAGAAAAUCUAUCGCACAGCUGAAGAAUCUUAAAAAGUUUUCUACUUAUACCGUGACGGUCACAGCUAAGACGGAUGAGGGACUGGGAGAUACAAGUGCAUCAGUUACCGUUACCACAAUGGAAGAUGGUAAGCUGCUACACAUUUCCUUGUAAAUAAGUUGCAAGAAUUUGGUGUUAGAUCAAGAUAACAACUUCUACCUGAUACAUUUGAGUAUUCUCAUUACCUGUUUGCUGGACAGUGGAUGAAUAUUGUGGGGAGAGGUUACAUGUGAAUCACAUCCGGGAGUUAAAGGGUUAACUACACAAGUUUUAUAAACAUUAUCAUGAAGAAAACUUCAUACGUGGAGUUUUUUUUACCGUAGCUUUUUCAUGCAUGGUUUCUCUGAUCGUGUCAAUCAAAAAAUAAAAGGGGUGCGUUUGUAAAGAAACUGUGUAGUGCUGCGUCGGUAGGGGUGUUACUAGGUGAUUUGGUUGUAUCAGCUGAGUCGAUAAUGUAAAUUAGUUUCCGAGUGUUGGCUCAUUCGCUCUGACCAAAGGCGAACGCUCAAAACUUCAGCUUUAGAAAUUCUUUACGGCGGCAAAUUUACAUUUUUAACUCAGCUGAUAAAAUCAAAUUGCCUUGUGUCAGUAACAUGUUUGCUAGACUUCUGUCAUUUCGUCCGAGCUAAGAGGCACACACUGCGAGAUAUAUUGUGAAGUGAAAGAAAAGAAUCUUACAAUAGAGCCAGGAGAAACCAUUUCUGUAAGCGCUUCUUUAUGGUGUAAAAAAGGUCUGUGCCGGAAAGGGGCCGUAAGGCGAUACCUCAAUACGGGCACUUGCUCUCAAGCUAAACAGAUAGCGGUAGGGGGUCCUAUAGUCGGUGGUAGACCGCCACUAACCAGUUUUAAUGAAACCCCUGCCUAGUGCACAACACACUGACAUGGUUAGGGUUCAAUCACGGACCUGUGUAGUUUAUUACGGAGUUCAUUGAAUGCUGGUCGUCCUCAGCGGUAAGAAAACGUUCCGGGUUACUGUAAGUAGCGCUAUAUAUUAAAGAGUAUGGGAAAAUCUAAAACCAGCUUUUUCGUACCUAGUUCCAAGUCGUUCUCCGAUGUCUAUGCGGGUGCGUAGCACUGGGGCACACAGUAUCUUGAUCGAGUGGAGCCCAGUCGCUGAGCAGUACGUACACGGCGUUUUAAGAGGCUAUCACGUGUAUUACAGAGCAGGUCGACCAAUGAUAAAACGUUCAGUCAGUCAAAUGGGAGUGACAAAAGCCGUUUCAGUCAAUAAGUCAAUUCAAAGUGUGGAGAUAACGUCUUUAGAGGCGUUUACGCCUUAUGACGUAUGGGUUUCUGCGUAUACUGCGAUGGGCAGCGGUCCUCCAAGUAGACCCGUGACAGUGACCACUGAUGAGGAUGGUAUGUUAAUCACACUGAUAUAGUCUUUCUUACAGAGCAAGCUUCAACCUAGUGUCGAUAAUAAUCCUGAUUUGCGUUAGUUUUACCUCUCUAAGCUCUGCGAUUGGUCAUGAAAAUUUGCGUCAACCUCUCAACCAAUGAGUUAAAUUAUCGUCUCGGUGAUCACUCACUUUUUCCUCCUAUUGAGGCAGCUUUCUUUCUUGCUCUUAUUUUGAGUUCCCAGUUGCUCUUUACGAUAUCUUCCUUGGCUUUGAUAGACCAUUUUGAUUUCAGUUCCUAUUUUUGACCCAUCAUGCCUAUAUGCGGAGUGCCUGCUUCAGCUCCGCGAAAGCGAAAUUCUUAAUACUUAUUUGGCUUAGGUGGUUCCAUAUGAGGAGUUUUUAGACUGUUUAUCGUCUACGUUUCUUUUCCUGGUCCAUGAAAACGCCAAAAAAAAAGGAAAAGAAACAGCAGACAAUUUGAAUUAGCUAAAAUCGAGCAAACUAAGCGGAAUAAGUUUGUGGCAACGGCUAAAAAACACUGAGUAACUUAAUCUUAGAAACUUAUUGAAUUAGUGUUGGUAUCUCAGCAACUGUUUACCCACCUCUCCCAUCACAAAAAUAGGCAACUGAUAACAAGUUCGACUUAACGAUGUGUAAGGAGAGGGGUGGGUGCGCGGUCACUCAGAUGCUGCCAUUGACCCAAACAUAUUCAUGUAUCUUCCGUUGCUCCACAUUUCCUUUCAAUGUAGUACCAUCACGCGCUCCUCGCCUUCUCGAAGUGUUUGCAAAGAGUCCCAACUCAGUAUUUGUCAAAUGGGAACCCAUACCACAACACCACGUGAAAGGAUUACUCCAAGGUUACCACGUGCACUAUAGUCAGAUAGAUACGAGUUAUCCUGUGCUAAAGAACGUGAUCACUGUAAACGAAUCUGUGGCGCAUGUCACUUUGGACAACAUGAAACCGCUGACAAGGUAUCGUGUAUGGAUCACGGGAUUUACCAAAAAGGGCUCAGGGCCCAGCAGCGAUAAAACGUUUGUUUCCACACCUCAAACAGGUCAGUAAGUCUUUUCCAAUCCGUUUAAACCAAAGAGUAAUCAGCAUCUAAUUUCUCUUUACAAUAUCACCCCUGAAUCAAACGUUAAUGUCACAAGAAUAAAGAAAUGAUCACCAAAUAAAACAGCUCUUGAUUGUUAAUCAAAGUCUCCUUGUCAGCACCUUAGGAAAUGUAUAGAGAACAAUAUGGAGACGUCAGGGUGUAAAGGGUUGAUCAUCCUCAUCCUUUAGCCCUUGUUGUCUUUAAUUCUUGGUUUGUUAGUUCUUAUCUUUUGGAACUAUUAUCUUUUAUAUUUUCUUUCUUUGAUUCUGUGCAAUCAGUGAAGUAAAAUCGAAAAAAUGCACUAAUAAAUCUACAUUUUAUUAGAUUCUAUUGAAUUGUUUAUUUUUCGUUCAAUUGUAGUCCCAGGCAGUCCUCAGGGAGUCAAAGUCAGUAUUGAAAACCCUCAGAGUGUUCUUAUUACUUGGAGGUCUCACUCAAGCUUCACGAAAUUCGUGACGCGUUACAUGGUUAAAUGGCUUCAUGUGGGUAGCACCGCUGACUCUAGAAUGGACGGUCAUAAGAUUGUAAACGCGGGAAACCCGUACCGGAGAGAGACUCAAGUCGGGGGACUAGAGCCCCAUAACAUGUACUCUUUCAUGGUGCGAGAGGAGACUGGGCAAAACAACUGGGGAAAAUUCUCCGAUCCUGUUGAUGUUAUUAUGCCUGAGGAUGGUAAGCUUAUUUCAACCUUUAUCAAACCGUAUUAUCCUGUGUUAUAUAAGCAUUCACUGAAAGCGUCAGGAAAAAGUGUGUAAUUCGACGUUUUAAGAGAGUGCUAGGCGACAUCCACAGUCGUAAGUUGACUAAUUUGCAGCCAAUAACUUCGCAGCAAAAGUGAUUAUUUUUUAAGGAACCUGACAUGUAACAUUCACUUGAAUCUGGUAAUGACCUCCCCUCCUAAGCCUGUUGUAUAGGCGUCAGUCACUGCCAUACAGGACUACCUUCACCUGCAUGAUCCUACAACACGAUCACAUAUCACAAUCACACAACUCAAUAACAUAACGCGAUCACAUAACAAGACCAACCUUUAAUUCUAGUAGAAUAUGGCGUGGUUGUAACUCUAUAGUUGUACGUAGCCUUUGUAGCUAAGAACUCCCUUUGGCUUAAGUGUACAGUGUGCGCACCCGACCAAAAGAGGUCAUUGGGGUGAAAGGUCAUUGCCAUUUUUCCUCUUAAGAACUCGGAUUUCUGUUCAUGACCGGUUUAUGAUUUUACAGAAAGAGUUCCGUCAGUUGCCAAGAAGAAUCACUGCAAAAUAUUGGUUUUCUGAGAUUUCAAUCUUUAUAUUUUGAUGUGAUUUUUCCAAAGACAUACAAAAAUUUACAAGCUCCUCUGUUGCUCUGAUCUUACAAAGUACUUUGUUUGUUCCAGCUCCCUCUCCGCCGCGCAGAAUUUCAGUGAAAUACAAAGAAAAAACUCGUUUAGUUCUUCAGUGGCGACGACCAGAAGAAACAAACGGUGUCCUCACGAAAUACGAACUCCACUUUACCGAUGGCGAUCAGGUCACGAAGAUCUACACUGUGGACACUGACGUCGACAAGGAGUAUGUGACGUAUGAAAUGACUCUUCCUGAUGUCGAGGCUGAGUACAAGAUCAAAGUAAGUAAAAAUGUUGGACUUAAACAGAGAACUUGGAAUGUUGGUUUUUAGAUCCUAGACACUUACAAGGAAAAGUUGUAGCUUAUAAGCUUGUAUUUGAUGACCAAAACGUUCGCGAGGAACUAAAUUUGAUGUGUUAUGUAUCUCUAUAUCAUUAGGUACAGGCAUAUAACUCAAAACAGGGGCAAAUGAGUGACGAGAUAACCAUACAGCAUUCACCCAGUGUUCAGACUUCAAAGGGUAAAUACUAUAAAGUAUUCUGGUAUUAUCAAACUUUGAUAUGAAAGUCAGAGAAGUUCUUGAUUGAUACUUAACAUUAUUUAUUCGUCUUAACUGUCUAAUUGGUUGAAAAGGCUUGGAAAUGCUUUUACGAGUCAGAGUAAAGAUGCAACUGGAUUUUGGUUAAUUAAUCAGGAUUGAAACGAGUCGUAUUAGAUCUUCAAUUGCCGAACGUUCAUAGAAGUAGUUUGAUUCUCUUCCAGACAGCACACCAGGCUCGUGUUUUCCUGUCCUUGGAGGCCGCUUCGUUUGUAGUCUGAACUCUCAGCUUAUUUCAUUAUAUGGCCUCAGUUUUCUAUAGCUUUCUUAUUGACGCUUUGCAGCCAAUGUCGUUCCCAGCCUUUCGUUACCCUUUUGGUCGAAGGAACUAGGACGCGGGAAACGAAAUUAGUUCACAACCGUCAUUAGAUUCGUUGAGUCACUGAUAAAAUAUUCUUAAUACGCUCGUGUUGAGAGGUGUUUUGCUGAAUAUUACGACUAUUAACAAUGAAUCGAAACUUUAAAUACUUAAACAAGAAACAAGUUUAAUUCAAAACCACAAGUGUUUCCUCUUGCUUGUUACCACCAACGUCUGCUACGAGAAAUCCUCACUUGCUCGCUCUUAAAAAUAAAAGAUAUGAAUAUUACUUUCCUAGCUCGUGUACCAACCAAAGAAUCCAGCUUGUUCAAGUCUAAGUUAGUAUGGAUCAUAGCCGGAGUGGUGGGUUUUGUCUUCGUACUGGUGGUAAUCACAACUAUUCUACUCCUCAGGUUUGUAUAUGUCCAGGGAAAAAAAAGCAGGUUCAACUCUUUUGCUUUCAGUAUAUGAUGGAUGAUUCUCCCUCUUACCUGGGUAUUAGAUAAAAGGAUCUAUGUCAAAACCUAAGAAACUACGGACCUACCCCUCCCCUAACCCAACAUUUAACCAAACUUGUUAUCAGUUGACUGUUUUUGAGUUAGGGGAGGGGUGGGUACUGGUUGAUAGGUUACUUUUGUCAUGGGGAUGAGGAGGUGACACCGUGGCGUGGUAAAUUGUGUUUGGGUUAAAAAGACACGUGGGAGCACAGGCAGCCCAAGCUCCAGCUAUGAGAUGAUCAUCUUGCACAAUAACAGUUAUGGCGGAAUUCUAAGAGUUUUUAUAAAUACAAUACGUCAAAUUCUAAAUGAAAAUAACUCACCUUACUUCCACAGCGUAUCACUUGUUAUCUGUCCGUUUACUUUGAUGAAAAGAACCCAUUUUAGCGAGUUGUCCAUUUCGAGGUUUUCAACCUACAUAAGAAAAGCCCAAGGCUGAACACUCCAUUUCCGAACGCCCGAUCCGAGAAGCGAAAAAUCCCAGCGCAAACUGACCGGGCGGCAACAAGUCCAACGCAGAAUCCAAGCACAUAUACUGUAGUUUCAUUUCAAUUCACUACAAACUCAAUCUUCCCCUUGCAUCCGACGCUAAGCCGCAGUUUGCUUAAAAAAUUUCCAGUUUAUAGGUUUCUAACAGCCCGCGUGCACAUCAACCUUGACACACGACUGUUAAAAUUAGCUUGGUAACCCUGCCUCCUUUUUAAACUGAGCCUCGCCGGGGACCACACCGUAACUUGGCACUCGUGAUGCUAAGACAAUUUCUUCAUGCCAUGAGCGGCACUUUUUGGGCGAAACUGAUUCUUGUAUCCUCUUUGUUCUUUCUGGCCAACUUUGCAUGUUUUUUUUUCAGACGAGAUGCUCGACGUUCAAAAAAAAAGGGAGGCGACAUUACCAAACGUACCUGUGAGUUUGUCUUCCUCUAGUAACAUGCACAAUGUAUGACAUGACCACAUUUUAUUGCUAGUCAUUUUAGUUACUAAUCAAUCCUUUUGGUGGACCCUACCUCUAUGCAAAGUUGAUGCGAAGUUCUUUCCGUCUCAAGGAGUUCUAAUUUACAGAUCAAAACCACUUAUUUAACAUUCACAAAUUAUUUGUAGUGGUAAUUGUCUGAUCAUCAUGUUAUUAUCUUGAAGUGUCCAUCAUAUCACAGACUGCUCGACCCAGGCGACCUGUUCCUGUGAAAGAGUUGGCAGAGCACUGUGCUCAUUUCCAUGACAACAAUAAUGCGUUAUUUAACGACGAAUUCAAGGUAGACUUUGACAUUCAUUGGUGAAGAUUAGGAGUUUAUACACUCUUACUGAAGUUUGUUAAUAUGAGUCUUCUGGUAUAAAUUGAACUGAUACGAAAAUUAAAAUGAUCAACCUUUUUUCGGAUUUGUUUUCAGUGCCUUGAUCGGCUUGCGUGGAAAUCAACGUGGGAGGCGAGUCAGGUCCCACAUAACAGGACCAAAAACCGCUAUUGUAACGUAGUGGCGUGUAAGUUGAAAUUGUUAUUUUUGAUGCAGGUCUUAAAACGUUUCUCUUCGUGGAGACCUAACGGUAAAGUGGAUGAAUUACAACAUUGAAUGGAACAAACUCGUCAACAAUCCCGCUUUAACGCAGUGCCAACUUGCUGUAGAGUCAGUCACAUUAUAAGUCAAAUUUUUAUGGAGUUUUACAUUGAAUAUCAAGAGAAACUGUGAUUAUAACUUAUUUUAUCCUUUUCUCAACUGAUUGUGCCAAUAAUACUUAAUCACACGACCCCUGCAGACUCCACCUCAAGACUUGAGUUUGCAUUCGGAUUCUUUACCAACUGAACUACAGAAAACUCGUUUGUGAACUAAGCCUUCUUCUAUAUUUUAUGUACUUCUCUUUUGGCAGUUCUUUCGUUUUGACCUUCCUCUUCUCUAUGUGGCCUUCAGUUACUCUACUUUUUUGCCAUUUAACUAUUAGAGUUUUUGAAUAUGGUGUAUGCCUCAUUCUCUAUAUCUUUUCCUCCACAGAUGAUCAUAGUCGUGUUGUGCUCACAGCCAAGAGAGAUAUCCCCGGAUCUGACUACAUUAACGCCAACUACGUUGAUGUAAGAAAGCUUGUUUGUUGAUCAAUUUGGUUUACGUUGAUUCUUAAGGCAAUUUUUUUUUCCUAAGAGUCGGACUGAACGUUAUCCGGGAUCGUAUCGAUUUUACUUCAUCAUAUGAUGUGAUUGGUCUAGAGAACUCGCUCUACCCUCCCAGCCAAUCAAGUGAGCAGCGUCAACCAUUUGCGACUAAGGCAUUUGUGUUUUGCGCGCGUCAUUCAGAUUUGCUUCACAUCAAUUUCUCAUGGGCUCCCUGUGAUGUUUUCCUUUUUUCUAAUGAUGCUGUUCGGUUAUUUACUCCAGUUUUAAGGGGAUAAGUUUCUAAAGAAACUGUGAUGCUGCUUCGGUGGGAGAGUAUAACAGGUAAUUUAGUGUUAACAACUGAGUUGAAAACAUAAGUUAGCCACCGCAAAGGGUAAAAAGCUGACGUUUCGAGCGUUAGCCCUUCGUCAGAGCGAUUGACGAAGGGCUAACACUCGAAACGUCAGCUUUUUUACCCUUUACGGUGGCUAAUUUUACGUUUUCAACUCAGUUGUUAACACUAAAUUACCUAUUUACUCCAGUUUUAGCCUUGUAACACUCAAUAGAAAAGCACCCUAUAUAGAUACUAAAACAACCCGGUAAUGCUGGUUUUUGUUUUCAGGGUUACAGUUUCCCAGCCAAGUAUAUCGCAACACAAGGUAUCAAGGAAAUUACCUUUGUCUUUUAAGGAUCGGGUGAAGUUUUUCAUUUUAAGCACAGAACCAUUUUUUCACAACACUGUUGUGAUGGCAGCCUCUUUCUCCUAACACUGCACUUAACGUUAACUCCCACAAUCUGACUUGCAAGUCUCGCCUCCACCUGCUCUACAUUUCUUUGAAAAAUAGUCAUGAGAAUCUGGUGUUUUACCAAGAUUAAACCCUGCGGCAGAUGCGUUCAGUUGUCUAUCCUCAUUCCUGUUUGCUGGAUAAUGUGCUGAUACUGUGAGGAGAAUUUAAAUUUCAUCUCGACUGAGCUAACAACACUGGUUAGGAGAUGACAGGAAAGUUUUAUCAUUAUCACAAAUGAGGUUCUAUAGAAACACAAGAGAUGAAUUUUUUUUGAUCGAGGUUUUUCAUUCGGGUUCGCUGUUGUCUCCUACAAUUGUUUGAGAAUCUGCAUAGGAUUUCUGUAAACCUUUACACCUUAAGAUCAGUAUGUAUAUUCUCUAUACUGUUCUCUAUACAUUUCCUAAGGCGCUGACAAGGAGAAUUCAAGCUUCUUUAGAUGGUGAUCAUUUCCUUAAUUCUCGUGGCUUUAAUGCGUGAUUCAGGGCUGAUAUAGUAAGGAGAAAUUAGAUGGUAGUCACUCUAAGUCACUCUGUCUUGUGGCUCUAUCUCUCCAGGUCCUAUUGAGUCAACGGUGAACGACUUCUGGCGAAUGGUGUGGGAGAAGAAUGUAAAAACGAUUAUUAUGAUAGAAAUGUUGGGGCGAGACGUAAGUUGUUGCAGGCUGAUGCCUCCCUUUUUGUUCUUUGUACACCAAAAGCACUUCUAUUUCUACCAUUGCAGUCUGUGGUACAAGUUAAUUUACCGGUACCAACUGUUUUUUCAGCCGAUUUGUAUUGACUCGCCCGACCGACUUCACUGGUAUAGAGGGACUUCUCUGAGUCCACGUUCUCUAGCGCUUUCCUUAUAAUAAUAAUAAUAAUAACAAUAAUAUAUGUAAACAUUUUUAAAGUCGUAAGUAUCUUUUAGGACAGUUAAAUUAGUGUUUGGUAAACAAUUUGUCCAACUUUAGGAAGAUUCACCUUGUGAAAGGUACUGGAGCGAGGCUGAGCCCAAAGAGUACGGUCAUGUGGCUGUAUCACUUCUUAGUAGUAUGGCUAUGUCAGACUGGACUAUCAGGGAUUUUAUGCUUUGGGUGAGUGAGCAAAUCAUGCAAUGACGUAAAAACAGUUAUUCUAGGCCUCGAAACAUAGUAAGGAGAAUUACUAAAUGGUGUGAAGUAAGCACCAAGCAGAACUUGCACUCAUGUGCCUGCUACUGUAGUAUACAAGAUACCUGGAGUGAAGUCUUAUUUGCACUGGAACCAUUAUUGAGGGGACUUUUUUCUUCAUGUGGUUUUUUGGUUUUGGUUUUUAAUCGACUCACUAUUUUUCCCACUCUGUAUAGACUUCCAUCAUUUGCUCUGACGAAGGGCGAACACUCGAAAUUAUCACACACUCUUAUCUUGUUUCCCAGUGGUAAUUCAAUUUUCGUUACCAGGCCUCUUCUUUGCUGUCAAAAUAUCUUGACAAAAACGUCAAAACACAAAGUUUUGAAUAUGGUGUUUUCAUUGAACUCUGCAGUCAACAGAUCCUGACAGUGUAGACAAGCGAGAAGUAGUUCAGUAUCACUUCACAUCGUGGCCUGAUCACUCGGUUCCCCGGGACACCAUUGCUUUCUUAAUGUUCCAUCACAAGUUAAAGACAACUCUGGUUGCUGACCCUGGGCCUGUUAUCAUUCACUGCAGGUCAGCGGUAGAAAUAGACAUAGAUAGCUUUAUCAUAUGGUCUACAUGUGUCGCGUUAAUCUGUGAAAUAUGGGCGUUCUCCGUUUGAUAAGAUUGUCGAGUAGGCUCAACUCGUGGAAUGUAAUAGGGAAUUUAGAGUCACGUUUUAGGGAACAGCACCUGUUAAGAAUUAAACUUUCACUUUUAGUUAUGUGAAACUUUUUGCAUAUGAUGUACAAUUGAAUAUUUUCUAUGGAUAUUUUUAAGGAUAUCAAGGAAAAUGAAAAAAAGGAAAUAUGAGUUGAAUUAUACAGUUCGAAUUUGAAUUUCUUUUUCAACAAAGGCGCUCGUAAUAACCUCUUUAAGCAUUAACUCAUCAAACUUAGCGAAAAUGAAAAUUUAAAGUGCGUUUUUGAUUAGAUCUGACACUCUCUCGUGUGGCCUUCACCUUUUUCUCUCAGCCCCCACGUUUUGUAGUUAUGAAAACAAAGAACACAAAGGUUCUUGUAGAACGAUAGCCAAGCAUUGCAGUUUAUGGUGAUAUUUUGCUCUGGUGUUAGCUGGAGGAGUUAAAUCACUGUUUGCAUUACUUAGUGCUGGCGUCGGACGCACGGGAUCUUUCAUUGCCAUUGACUCGCUGAUGGAGCAAAUGGACACUGAGAAGGUGGUAGACGUGUAUGGCUUUGUGGCGCAAAUGAGAAAACAACGUAACUACAUGGUCCAGACUGAAGUAAGUUACAAUUCCUUUGGAAAAGAGUUGCUCUUUUUGCUUUAUAUAUCUUCACUUGUGCUCAAAUGAAGACCUGCUGUGAUUCUUCAGUAAUGCACCGCACCUCCUGUACUAUGCACUUUGUGUAAUUGGCAACAUUAAGAGGGCGUCUUUCCCUGCCGCCAAGCUCGACCUAUCUUUUCUUAUCAUGUUGUCUUUCUCGAUAUAUAGCUUGAUAGAAAACAUUUCAAGAAAGUUUAGAAAAAAAUCGUUCGAAAACGUUUAUUUCUGAAGAAUCACGUUUAAAAAAACCUUCGUCACAAUAAACAGAUAACUUCAAAUAAGAUCAAGGACAACGCUUUGUACAGUUUAUUCAACUUAAUUUGCUGCUAAGAGCACAUUUCACAUGUAAAAGCUGAACCUCAGUGCGAUCAAAAUUAGGCGUUGGCUUAAUUAACACUCCUUCCCUAUCGAUCUGACGCUACUACAUCUGUGUUUUCGCUUCAGGAGCAAUAUCGUUUUAUCUACGACGUCCUUAGAGACGCAUCCAUCUGUGGUGUUACUACAAUCACAUCAAGUGAAUUUGGAAGCGAUCUUCUUUGCGUCUCGGGAGAUGAACCUGAGGUAGUCGAGCAAAGAACUCUUGAGUUUGAGGUAAGACCUCUUUUUAGAAUAAUCUUAACUCUUUAACUCCCAGACCAAAUUUGUAAUUCUCCUUACUGUCAACCGUAUGAUUUCUAUGAUGUUAGUUCAGAGAAUUUAGUAUUGGAUCAACUAAUUAUCCCCAAACGGAUAUUUUUCUUUAUCCUCAUCAAUUGUAUGGUUGCUAUGGUAUUGAUAUUGUAAGGAGAAAUUCUGCCCUUGUCACUCAUGGGAAUUAAAGGGUUAACCUGUUCCUUCCCUGAAGUGACCAGUAAGUAAUUUCUCUUUUCAGUAUCAAUAUAUUGCCGAGCAGGUAGGCAAUAAGAAGAAAGGAGAAAAGAGAAAGUAUCAGCUGUGGGAUAUUUUUGCAUCGACCACCAAAUUCUUUCCGCCAAAAAUACGUAACCCUUUAACCCAUAAGAGUGGCUGGUUUCCAAUUUGCCUUUACAUUAUCAGACUUGAGUCAAAUGUUAAGGUCAUGAGAAUAAAGAAAAUGAUCACAAAUCUUGAUUUUAAAACGAUUUCUCCUUUUCAAUACUACAAGAAAAGUAAUACUAAUGUCAGGAUGUUAUCUAAGGAUUAAAACUGUGUGGCAGACAGAUUGUGUAUCUAGGGUGUGGGAUCAAAUAGUGUGUAGUUUCGUUGUUUCCUGGUUUGCAAACAAGUGUCAACAUUCUUAUUUUCUUUGUGUGUUUUUUACGAACAGAACCUUCAAGACUAUUCCGCUCACGAAACGCUGUUUAGAGAAGCACUUUUUCGAGAAAACGCAUUGAAAAACCGUUCACCAGAGAUGUUACCAUGUAAGAAAGUUUGUUUCACCUUCCGCUCAGCUUUGGCUCAUGAAAUUGUAGUCUUUGUCUCGUGUAUUUGUGUUCACUUUUGAAAGUGUGAAACACUAAUAGAACAUUUUUUACACAAAUUUUGUUUUUUAUGUUUUUCUUUUUGUUUCCUAGUUAAUCACAACAGAGUUUACCUAAAGCCUUUUCCAGACGACCCUUGUUCCGACUACAUCAACGCCAGCUUGAUUGAUGUAAGAAGUUCCUAUGCGCUAUUUACUCCGCAAUUAGUUGAAGUGAAAAAGAAAUGUGCAUUCUUUGUUCAAGUUAAUAGUUUUGAAUUAGAGAACAAUAAGGCCUUGGACUUUCAUGUGUAACAGACAGAUGUUGGAUCAGAUAAAAUAUUGAUGAUUAAGAAAAGGGAAUGUAGAGUUUAGAACCAUGAUUAUGCAUCUUAUAAUCUUUCCUUAAAAGGUUGGGCUUUACUUUUAAUCAUCAGAGCUAUAACGAAGGCGCCGCAUACAUCGCCACUCAAGGGCCCAUGCCGAGCACAGUCAAUGACUUUUGGCGUAUGCUGUGGGAACAGCGGUCAACCGUAGUGGUCAUGCUCACUGAUCUCCGGGAAAAUGGAGUGGUAAGAAACGUAUAAUACAGUUCUUGCGAGCAUCAUUUGAGCGGAUAUUGACGUAAAUUUCAGUUAGAAGUUGUUCACUGUCUUUCCUUCUUUUUGUUUUCCUCGUCUAUUUAUUUAUUUACUUAUUUGUUUUUGGCGGAUUGCUGUGAAGCUUUCGGCUUGCCUUAGUGCGCUUCCUCUAUGGAUACCAGACCUACUAUUUUUCUCACGUUGUUUUAAAGUCUCUCUUUCCUUGCUUCUUUCCUAGGAACAAUGUUAUCGCUACUGGCCCGAAGAAGAAGAAGGUUGUGCCAAAUAUGGAAAAAUUCGGGUGACGAAGAUUGACGAGGAGGUUCUCGAGGACCACACCCAAAGAGUCUUUAAAGUGCGGCGUCAUGGGGUGAGUUUAAUUGUGGAACUACUUGAUAAAUUCACAUUUUCGGGAGCAGGAAUGGAUUUCAGUUUUUUUUUAAGGGAUUUCCUUUCCUUCAACUCAUAUGCUAUCUUUUUGUUAUGAAUCUUCCCUUUUGGAUUGUUUCCUUGCUAUUCACAGGGCGACGAAAGUCUCGUGGUGUAUCAUUUUCAAUGCCACGGUUGGAAGGAGAAUGGGUUGCCUCGGGCCGAGAGCCUCGUAUACCUACAGCACCAGGUUCACAAGGUGGAGCCUGGGGAGUAUCACAACGGACCAAUCAUUGUUCACUGCAGGUAACGCACGUGCAAACCCUCGAGUAAUCUAUGCAGUGUUGAGAUACAUUUAACAUGCGUGCUACUAACUUGAAAUAGUGGAUGAUAUUGUUUGAAUUUGCUGCUGUUAAUUGGUUUCUGGUGGACUGACUGUCUUAAGAACUGUCUAACUGACUUACUCACUGGCUCUCUGAAUGCCUCAUUCAGUGGCUGAACACUUAGUCCACCAUUUGAUAAAGUGAUUGAUUGAGCUAUCAGCACAAUAAAUGACUGACAAUACGCUUCCGUAUUAUUCAGUUUAUUUUUGUAAUUAAAUCCUGUUAACUUUAUUGCUGUUACCCCGUCCUUGUAGCAAUGGUGAUGGUCGCACAGGAGUGUUUCUCAGCCUGUGUUUGAGUAUCGACAGACUGGAAACUGAUGAUAACGUGGACAUAUUUAAUACUGUCCGAUGGCUUAGAUCACAGAGAGCCGGACUGGUAUCUAGCUUGGUAGGUACACAGCGAUUUACAAAGGAGUUAAACCUUUUCCUUUAGAUCUGGUCUCUAUUUCUGUCUAAAUAAGCCUCAAAUACUUUGUAAGAUAACUUGGUCAAUUUUCCUUACCUGUGUUUAGGACCAGUACAACUUCUGUUAUGAGCUGAUGAAGAGUUACAUGGCCUGGAGAAUUAGAGCGACCAUCAAGAAUGAUUAUGUCUGAGGACCAUCUUUCUCUGAAAGAGGCAAUCUUCUAUGGAUGUGGCUCAGCUGUGUCGCUGUGGCACAGAUCUUGGAUCAUUCGCAGAACUUACAUAUAAAUAGACUCUGAAAUUGCCAGAUAGUUAGAAAGCCAAACGUGAAUUAGCAUCGUCAUUAUUUCUGUGUUGCUCACAGUUUUGUCAGUUUAUAAUCCUAUUGCUUUCUGUUAGUUUGUGCACAUGUUAGCGAGACGUCACGCACGCACGCAUACGCGAGUAAGGGAAAGCACUACUACCCGCGUGUCUGUUUUCACACGUUUCUUACUCGCGUUCUCGCUAAAAGCCUGUCCUGUAAGCUAGUCAUUGUCCACAAAAACUAAGAGAGUUCGAAACUUUUUCUGGUUAAUCCUCUAGAGAACUUACUUAAGCUAUUGCAGCCAUGUAAAAAUUUUAGCCGAGCGCAAAUUUAUCGAGUGUCCUAAAGCCAAAACAAGAGUAAUCACGGCCGCCAAUAAGAGUAGAGAAUAUCUUAAGGAACCAAUGAGAACUCAGUGUAGAACAAGCUAACUGCCUGAAGCGCGGGAACUUUCUUACCGUGACAGCAACGUUUUGCGCUUGGUCAUGUCACGUAAUGUACUCCUAUCCGCUAAAAAUAAGGUUUUUAAGUCUUAAGUUUUUGCCUUCAAAGGACUGAUAAGAUAGCCCCAUUAUAAAACAAACUAUUAGAGAAAAAAUCUUAGGUGUUAAAUGCUUCAUAUCAUAUAUGUAAACUUAAGUUUUUUGCUUCCGAACAGUAACAUGACUUGUAUUGUCCCGAUGAAAGGGGUCAUUUUGUUUCGUUUGCGUUCAAGUUGUACAAGAUAAAAGCUAUUUUGGGUUUUACCUUUUAUGCCAUUAUUAUAUUACUCACGCUAAGAUACAUUUUAAAAUAAACUUUAAAGUUACCAUACAAUAGACAUUCAUUUUCGCAAAAUAAAAUAAGGAACUCA